AGAGCUCUUGACACCUCAGCAGCACUAUGAUUGGGGCUUGCGAGCAUUGAAGACUGUUCUGAGGGGAUGUGGAAAUCUUCUUCGACAGCUGAAAAAGAAUGGAAUGAAAAAGAAAGUUAAUGAAAGCCAUAUUGUGGUCCAAGCUUUGCGUCUUAAUACCAUGUCAAAGCUUACCUUUGCAGAUUGUGCACGGUUUGAUGCAUUAGUUAAGGAUGUCUUUCCUGGUAUUGCCUUUAACGAUGUAGAUUAUGCUGAAUUAAAUAGUGCUUUGCAAAAAGCCUUUGAAGAGGCCAAUCUGGAAAUCAUAUGUACCCAGAUAAAGAAGGUUUUGGAAUUGUAUGAGCAGCUUCGCCAAAGAAUGGGUGUGGUUAUUGUAGGCCCAAGUGGUGCAGGCAAAUCAACCCUUUGGCGGAUGUUAAGAGCAGCACUUGGAAAAGUUGGCAAAGUAGUGAAGCAAUAUACUAUGAAUCCCAAAGCUAUGCCUCGCCAUCAGUUACUUGGUCAUAUUGAUAUGGACACAAGAGAGUGGUCAGAUGGUGUGCUUACAAACAGUGCUCGGCAAGUGGUACGAGAACCUCCAGAUAUUACUUCAUGGAUAAUCUGUGAUGGUGACAUAGACCCUGAAUGGAUUGAAUCUCUGAAUUCUGUCCUUGAUGAUAAUCGACUACUCACUAUGCCUAGUGGAGAAAGAAUUCAGUUUGGUCCAAAUGUUAACUUUGUUUUUGAAACUCAUGACUUGAGCUGUGCUUCUCCUGCCACAAUAUCUCGUAUGGGAAUGAUUUUCCUUAGUGAUGAAGAUACUGAUCUUAAUUCACUGAUCAGAUCUUGGUUAAGAAACCAACCUGAAGAAUGCAGACACAAUCUUGAAAAUUGGAUUGGAGAUUAUUUUGAGAAAGCUUUAAGUUGGGUACUAAAGCAGAAUGACUAUGUGAUAGAAACAAGUUUGGUUGGAACUGUGAUGAAUGGUUUGUCCCAUCUUCAUGGAUGCACUGAACGUGGACAGUUUAUAAUUAGCCUGAUAAGGGGACUUGGGGGAAAUCUCAACAUGAAAUCACGGCAGGAAUUUACCAAAGAGGUUUUUUCUUGGGCCCGAGAAUCCCCACCAAAUCCCAACAAACCAAUGGAUACCUAUUUUGAUCCUGAUACUGAACACCUUGUAUCCUACCAACUGAAAAAGCCUGAAAACCUUACUGCAGAUGAUUUCAGCAAUAUUCAGACUCUUCCAGUAAUUCAAACACCUGAUAUGCAAAGAGGUUUAGAUUACUUUAAGCCUUGGUUAGGCUUUGAUAGUAAGCAACCGUUUCUUCUUGUUGGACCUGAAGGAUGUGGUAAAGG